UCAAAAUAAGAAUAUCAAUGAAUUUCGAUAAACAAAGGUGAAAGAACGAUUUACACCGGUACACAAAAAUAUUUGAAACAAUUUAUUGCAUUGUAAUUUUUUCUUAUGCUAUAAGUGUAAGAGUCAUAAAUAAUAAUGGCUAACGAUCCUGAAAGAUUCGAUUCCAUGUUGCUGGCAAUGGCUCAGCAGCACGAAGGAGGAGUUAAAGAGUUAUUGGACACAAUUGUGGCUUUCUUAGCAAGAAAAACUGAUUUCUUCACUGGUGGCAAAGAAGGAGACUGGCAAAAGGUAGUGAAAGACACUUUCUUUAAAUAUGCAUCUAAAGCCACAGAAGAAGCUAAUAAGAUUAAGAAAGAGAAAGAAGAAGCUGAAAAGAGAUUGAAAGAAAUCAGAGAAAAAAAAGAGCAAGAGCGCCUAGCUAAAGACUUUGAGCCACCAAUUGUUACAGAACUCACUGAUCAAGAGGCAGAGAAAAUGCAAUUGGACAUUGAGAAAGUGAACCAUGAUAAAGCCGAAAAUGGUAGUGGUGACGCUUCGACUAGUGAUGCCCCUCCUACUCCAAUUGAUGAAGAGGAAGAUGAUCCAAAAGAAAAAGGAAAAUUGAAACCUAACUCAGGUAAUGGAUGUGACUUGGAGAAUUACCGAUGGACUCAAACACUAGAAGAAGUUGAGCUGCGUGUACCACUUCGCCAGGUACUCCGACCAAGAGACCUGACUGUCACCAUCAGCAAGCGGCAUCUUAAAGUGGGCAUCAAGGGCCAACCCCUUAUCAUCGACGGAGAGCUGGACGCUGAUGUGAAAGUUGAGGAAUCCACGUGGGUUCUGCAAGAUGGAAGAAAUCUCCUUAUCAAUUUAGAAAAGGUAAACAAAAUGAAUUGGUGGGGCCGACUGGUUUCGACAGAUCCUGAAAUAUCAACUAAGAAGAUAAAUCCAGAACCGUCGAAGCUAUCGGACUUAGAUGGCGAAACCCGUGGAAUGGUGGAGAAGAUGAUGUACGACCAGCGACAGAAGGAGUUGGGUCUGCCUACCAGCGACGAUCAGAAGAAGCAGGACGUUCUGAAGAAAUUUAUGGAGCAACACCCUGAGAUGGACUUUUCAAAGUGCAAGUUCAAUUAGGGAAAGAUAGCGGAAGGAAGGCAGAAGUUUAACAAUAAAGCACACUCACUUUAUAAUUUUGCAUGAGACUUAUUAUAUCUGUUAAGAGUCAGCAAUAUUAUUGUAAAUUAAAACUUUCUUAAAAUGAAAUAAAAGUCAGUGAAUAUGAGUGUUCUUCACGUGUUUGUGUUACAUUGAUUGUACAAAUGUACACAUACUGUACAUUAACAAUGUCUUACAUGUUGUUGAUCCAAGUAACACCUAAAUUUCUGACUGUAAAUUGUAUCCACAAAGUAUAUUACCUCAUUAAUUGUAAUGGUACUUAAUAUAUUCACAAUACUUUUUAGUUCUGAGUAUUUACAAUGGACUCAUCAAUUUACUUUGGCUAAUUGAAUGCGAGAUGCGGUGUUCUCACGCGUUUCUAUCACGAAAUUUCAACCGAAGCUCUUUGUAUUUAUCGCACUCUCUAUUUUGUGUCAUAACUUAUAAAUUUAUCUUUUAAUAUGUUUACGUAGUUAACAGAAGAAAGUUUAUCUGCUUUUAACGAGGUAUAUAUUUUCUUGUUGUGGUUGAUUUGAAAUUGAUAAAAAAAAAGUUACAAGAAGGGCAUUCCGAAAAAUCUAAAGAUUUUGUAUUUUCGACGUAAAUGUUACUUGGUCUUGUCUGUUUUUACAUUUUACGUUGAUCAAGGUUAAAGCUUUCGCUGUGUAAUAAUUAAUAAAGCUGAUACUGAUCUACAAUAAAAGUUAUAUAAACUAUUAAA